AUGAUUUCUCAUUGGUUACAUGAUCAUGGAGCCCUUGAUGAUGAUAAUCGUUUACCGAUUGAAAAGUCCAAUAUACUACUGAUUGCAGAAAAUCAUCAAUCUGUACGUAAUGUUAUACAUGCUGAAGCAGCUUAUCGUAAUUUAGAUAAUGAAUUAAUGCAUCAGUUACCUUGGUUAGUUUAUGUAAAUUUAUUGGAAUGCUGUCAACAAUUCCUUCACAACUCCAAUAAUUCAAAUGAUGAAAAUCCUAUGGAUCAGAAAGAAGAAAUCAUUGAAAAUCAGGCGAAAAAAGAAUGCCAAUUCAAUAGUAUACAUGAAGCUGCUUGUGCAGUUUAA